GCAGUCUCGUGCCGCCCUCAGCCACGUCGCCGUCGUGGUGGCUAAAGCGUCGAAGGAGACCUCCGCGACAUUCUGGCGACUAGAAACGCGCGCCGGAUCGCAAAAAACACUCGCAGUACUUACGGUACAGGUACUUCGGGUGUCCUGCGCCUGAUUCCAGGCAUCGGGAAGUUGAAGCACAGAAGAUACACCCACCUGCAAUACCUCGUCGAUUUCGCAUCCGUUCUGCAGCCGUAUGAGAGAGUUCCGGAGAAGAAUCGACAAGAGUCAACCGUUCGACCGUCGUGUGAAUGAGUUCCGGAAGAUGUAAAUCGUCGCGGAAGUUGUCUCGUCCCGCAAUUGAAGACAAAAGAGUUGCAGUAAAAUUGAUCGGAAUUGGAGGAUGAUCGAGGACGGCUGGAAUGACGUGUCGACGUAGAUGAUCACUUGCCCACAAAAUAUACCAAUUCGCCGCCUAUACGAGCACCGUGAACCUGCACCGUAAUUUCCCCAUAUGGACACGCGAAGCGUUAGCGGAGUAGCGACUCUGGUAGCCUUGGGGGCAGCCGGGGCCGGCGUCGGGACGCUCCUCGCCAUCCUUGUGUACGCGGUUUGCGCCCGGCGCCGCGUCCUUCUCGGCGCCGUCGGAGGGCCACUUAACUGGUUUGAGAAGGACUUGCUGGACCGGGCUGAAACUGCGAGAUCAAAGGAAGUUCUGGUAGGUUUGGGUACCGGUACCAGCGGCAGCGAGGACAAGGUAUGGCCACACAAUGCCGCCCACGACAACCUGGCCCUCGAGUCGUCUGGUGCGGUGUCUUUGUCGGAAUCCGAGAGCGCUCUGAUAUCUCCCGUGAGUCCCGGAGGGCCAGGAAUCGCUCCCCCGUUGCCCGGAGGGCCCCUCGUCGCCUCGGAAAAAUUGGUUAUUCUCGCAAAACCCAGAACUAUACCGAGCAUGCACACCAGACUGGAUCAUACGAAAAUUGACACGGCUCUUUACCAGCAGGUGAACUCUGGCGCCACGAGCCCGUCUGAGAGCGAGGAUUCAAGAGGAGAGCUUCAGCUUAGCCUUUUCUACGACGCACCAGCUGGUAUACUGACCGUUCGACUUAUAGAGGCACACGAUUUGCAAGCCCGAGAGAUGAGUGGAACGGCGGAUCCGUACGCGAAGAUACGGCUUUUGCCCGAUCGUAGUAACGUCUGGCAGACUAGAAUUCACAAGCGAACGUUGAACCCAGUCUUCGACGAGGACUUCGUGUUCGAGGUGAUACCAGCGGUCGCGAUCAGAAGAACCUUGGAAGUACUUCUUUACGAUUUUGACGCGUUUUCGCGUCACCACAAUAUCGGUUGCGUCCAGCUGCCGCUAUCGAGCGUCGAUCUCGGCUCCAGGGCCACGAUUACUAAGCCAAUUCUGCGCUGCACCGAGAGAGACGUUCGCGCGGAACUCGGGGAACUUAUGGUCUCCAUAUCGUUUCUACCCUCGGCCGAAAGACUGACCGUCAUCGUGAUCAAAGCUCGGAACUUGAGGGUCGUUGACGACACGAGGACGAGUUCCGAUCCCUAUGUAAAGGUAAGCAUCAUUUCGGAGGACGGAAAAAGAUUGAAGAAAAGAAAAUCCGGCGUUCAGCGGAACACAACGAAUCCUGUAUGGAACGUCGCCUUGACCUUCGACCUCGGUAGGGAUUUACUCUCCCGUAGCAGCAUAGAGUUCCUCAUCCUACACGACAGUCUUCUCGGGGCUAGCGAAACUCUGGCGAGAUGCACCGUUUCCGCAAAAAGUCAGCGAGAUCUAUUUCACGAGGUGCUCGCGGGUCGAGGCGCAACUGCGCAAUGGUUGCCCUUAGCGGAAACCAGGCAGACCUGAGCUGACCCACACAGCGCAACCCGAUGUGGUUUGGCUGAUGACUUGAGUUACUUCGUCGUAAUUGCAUCGCUAACUCAUCAUAAUUAGGUACUUCCUUCGUUCCAGAGUUAUUAACGGCCGCGCGACCACCGCGCAGCGUAAACAUUUUCUCAUAAUAAUGUAUACUCGUUGGAAAGAUGGCAAGAUGAAUGUCUUAAUCACUGCAGGGCAUACUUUAAUUUGCCCGUUUCGGUACUUCGGGUGAAACGUCAUGAAUAAUCAUUUUUUUACUAUACCAAUUUUAAGCUACUGAAUUUUAUGAUUAAUAAUAUUUUUCAUUUUGCUACGUAAUUUACAAUCUUGGCAAGUAAAAUUACCAUUAAUCGGAGAUUGACUUAUUGAAAAUUGUGACAUUCACCUUACUGAAAAUCUAGCAAUAUACGCUACUCAUUUCACAGAGAGAAAGGAAGACAAAUUUCUCGUGAAAUUUUAAUCUAUGCUCUACUCAAUGGCUUGUAAGUUAUACCAGUGAGAAUAUGAGAAUAAAUUUUGGUCUGCUUACUUUUAUUUUUAAACGUACCUGUUUGUAUUACACGUGGCAGAUUUGGCAGUGUGAAAGUUAUUCAUUGCCUAAUUUUCUGGAGUUACUUUUUUUUUUCAAUUAUGUUGCCGAAGAUUUAAUUUUUUAUUCUACUAAUUACGGCACUGAUGAAUUGAUAUAAGUUUCUUCUCUUCUAACGUCAUGACAACUUCCGAGCCUUUGUGUACGUGCUGAACUUGACCACUAUACAUAAUUAUUAUACAAAUUACGAUUUUGUGUACGUACAUAUGGUGAAAAUUUCGAAAAAUGUGCGAUUUACGCGUGAGAAUGAAAUUAAAGUAAUAAUAAUAAGCACAACACUAAACGGGUGAUACAAAUCCUAAAAUACAGGAUGACACCUGGGUCUUCCCUAAUAAGAUAUUAUAGCUUUAAUUUAUCAACGUUGGUAUUCGCAUUAAUUAAACACAACUUUGUUUUCAUUUAAUAAUAUUGCUAACGUUUUUGUUCUGUAUUUUAUUGCACUGCAUUCCCAAGAUACCUGUGACCGCAAUACGCGGAUAAAAUUUAAAGAAAACUACGUAAUAAAAUGUGAUGUCACUAGUGAAACGAAUCAUUAAGUAAAGUGAUGUCACGCACUAAUUUUUUAUGGGCAAAUUAUUUUUGAAAUUCUACACUUACUCAGAGGGAAACUAUAUUAUACUGUAUGUAUGAAACUUUUAAUUGUAUAAAUAUAUGAAAAACUGAAUAUUAUUAUACAUAUAAUAUAGAUAUAUUAUAUAUACAAAUAUGUAUAUUAUACUCUAACAUUGUAUGUACCUGUCUCGUUAUAAGAUA